CGGUUUUCAUUUCCUUCUUGUAGUUAUAUCACAUGUUAUGUUUCACCUUAGUAACUAGCUAAUUGUUCUAGGUUUUUUCAUAAUUGUUUUCUGUCUUAUGCUAUUGCACAAGUACGGACAAUCUACUCGUAUGUUGGCGAAAGCAAGGCCCUAAAUUCCUAUUCAGAUGCCAUUCAAAAUACGUUGAAGCUUGGCUACAAGGCGGGAAUGGCCAAAGGUUUGGGAUUAGGAUGUACCUAUGGUAUUGCUUGCAUGUCGUGGGCCCUUGUUUUCUGGUAUGCGGGCGUGUUCAUCAGAAAUGGCCAGAGUGAUGGGGGGAAAGCUUUCACUGCUAUAUUCUCUGCCAUUGUUGGUGGCAUGAGCUUGGGUCAGUCAUUCUCAAACCUUGGGGCAUUCAGCAAAGGUAAAACAGCUGGAUACAAGUUGAUGGAGAUUAUCAAUCAAAAGCCAACCAUAACUCAAGACACAUUAGUUGGAAAAUGCUUGGACGGGGUUAAUGGCAAUAUAGAAUUCAAGGAAGUAUCUUUCAGCUACCCAUCAAGGUCAGAUGUUUUCAUUUUCCGAAACUUUUCAAUCUUCUUCCCUGCUGGGAAAACUGUUGCUGUUGUUGGUGGAAGUGGAUCAGGAAAGAGCACUGUUGUCUCUCUCAUCGAAAGAUUCUAUGAUCCUAAUCAGGGACAGGUUUUGCUGGAUAAUGUAGACAUAAAAACAUUGCAAUUGAAAUGGUUACGCGAUCAAAUUGGGCUAGUGAACCAAGAGCCUGCACUCUUUGCGACCACCAUAUUGGAAAACAUACUCUAUGGAAAGCCGGAUGCAACAAUGGCGGAAGUAGAAGCUGCAACUUGUGCAGCAAAUGCUCAUAGUUUCAUUACUUUGCUCGGUUACAACACUCAGGAAACUUACGACGCAGGGGUGGGAGAACGAGGAGUCCAACUCUCUGGUGGCCAAAAACAGAGAAUUGCAAUUGCAAGAGCUAUGUUGAAAGAUCCCAAAAUCCUUCUCCUUGAUGAAGCAACCAGUGCGCUUGAUGGGGGGUCAGAGAGCAUUGAUCAAGAGGCUCUAGACAGGCUCAUGGUUGGAAGAACAACCGUAGUUGUGGCUCAUAGACUAUCCACCAUAAGAAAUGUUGACAUUAUUGCUGUUAUACAACAAGGACUAGUUGUUGAGACAGGAACACAUGAAGAGGGGUGCUCAACCAGUGAAAUGGGCCAUGAGAUUGAGGGUGGCUUUGCAUCUGACAUAAGCUUUGGAAUAUUUGAAACUGAAGAGCCAUUUCUUCAUGACUUUAGUAAUGGAAAUUCCAAGAAAAAUUAUGUUGAUGGAAAAAGCAUUGCUGCACUUGAUCUAAUUCAUGGCAAGAAUUUUCUGAUGCUUAUGGAUUCUGCUCUAGAGGGUUAUUUUUCAAAUGAUGAUGGAACUGAACUUGUGCGUUUAGCUUCCCGAUGUUUGCAGUAUGAAGCACGUGAGAGACCAAAUGCAAAGUCUCUUGUCACUUCUUUCAUGUCUCUUCAGAAAGAAACAGAGAGUUACAAUAAGCACUUAACAAUUUGUGAUUCUGACAAUGUUUUGGUAAAAGAUGAAAGUAUCUUUAGAAUGGGUCCAUUAUUAAGAGUUGAUCAUCCAGGUCUUAAUGAGAAAUUAAAAUGCAUGAAGCAACAUGCUUUUAGAUCAAUUUUGGAAGAUGAAAAGAGUGGAAAUGGAUUAUGCAAACAAUGA